AUGAGGGAACCUGAGGCGGAGUCUCCUGAAGAUUUCAUCAACUACAUGAAAAUGGAGCCAGCCAUGUUCAGGGAGGUCCUCAUUCGGCUGUCUGAGAGGAUCCGUAAGGAAACAACAAGAUUCCGGGCACCUUUAGAGCCUGGGAUGAAGUUAGCAAUCACUUUACGAUCCCUUGCCACCGGGGAGAGCUAUCAUAGCCUUGCCUUCCAGUUCCGCGUGCCCCACAACACCAUUUCACUUCUGGUUAAAGAAGUGUGCGAGAGUAUCGUGGAAGAGUUCCAGGCUGAAGUUAUCUGCACCCCUACCAAUGCAGCUGCGUGGAAGGGAUUAGCCAUUCGCUUCUACAGCAGGUGGCAGUUGCCUCACUGCCUAGGGGCUAUUGACGGGAAGCAUGUCGCCAUCAAGUGUCCCUCCGAGUCUGGGUCAAUGUAUCACAAUUACAAGGGCUUCUUCUCCAUCAUUUUGCUGCCUGUGGCUGAUGCAGAUUACAAGUUCAUAUGGACUGAUGUCGGUGCUAAUGGUGCUACGUCUGACUGCGCUGUAUUCAACCGGUCCAACGUGCAUGCUGCCAUUGAAGCCUAA